AAUAGUAUCAGGAAUGUUUCGAUAAAACUUUCUUAUUAUAAAAGUCGGUUUCGUGAGAGCAGUCGUCCCAUUCAAUCAUUUUAGUUCAGAAGUUCUCGUUCAGAUCCGAGCCUGAGAGCAUCCACUACUGCAAUGGGGGAAAAGGAAAAGGUUAGGACUAUGGAGCUGAAGGUGGAUCUUCAGUGUCACAAAUGCUACAAGAAGGUCAAAAAAGUUCUUUGUAAAUUCCCUCAAAUACGAGACCAAAUAUACGACGAGAAGCAAAACCACGUGGUGAUCAAAGUGGUAUGCUGCAAUCCAGAAAAGAUUAGGGACAAGAUUUGCUGCAAAGGCGGGAAUGCCAUCAAAUGCAUCAAGAUCAAAGAGCCCGAGAAGCCCAAUGAUGCAAGCCCACAGAUGACAAGCACAACCCUAAAGGUGUCUGCGAGCUUAAUGUGACUGUAAGCGUAAUGUGA